GUGCUCUCCACACCCAUCCACAACUCUACCAUAUGCUAGAUUGAAUUUUUUAUCCCUUUUGUCUUGCUGCUCAACCCCGCUGCUCAUUGUGGUCUGCUGUGCGGCCUCGACUGCUUACGAGCGAUGCCCAACGGCACUAUGAGUUGCUCGGGUGAGAAGGAUGCCUGGGAGCAGAAUGAUUGGGUGAUUUUGUCGAAGGAUUGGUGGCGGGCGACCCUUAGUGGUGUCUCGUGGACUUACCCCGAGGCACGACGACGUGUACGAAUGCGAACAUCUCCCAUAGGUCCCACGAAACCCCCGCACUACCACGACAAUCUUCUCGUCGCCCAUUCUUCCGGCUCAGAGCUUCUCAUUUGCUGUAAUAGGUGUCAGGAGAUCCGUCACCGAGUGUUUUCUUGCGAUGCCUCUCGUGGUACGGGCGGAGAUGUAGAUUUGAAUCCUGGCUUAUUGGGUGUCAUGGGCGCGGACUUGAUUGUUCAAAGGUACGAGAAUGCCGUUGGAUUUCUUACAGCUCCUGGGGAAGAGGCGGCUGGCGCGGACCUAGCCGCACAGGCUCGCCGCGUUUCUCUGUUGUGUGGCAACAUCCCUCCUACGGGCUCGGCGCAGGAGAGUUGGGAGAGAGAGACUCAAGCGAUAUCGGGUACGGUGCUACCUCGAUUGGAUCAUAAGGUCUAUCACGCCGCAGUCGCCUCAGUUACUGCAAAGGCGAACGUCUGGCCAUCUAUUCUCGAUCUCGAUCUCGAACUGCCCCUAGAAAAGCAAAAGUGCGAGAUCAUAGAUCUCACAGACUCAGAGCAGUCAGUCGAGUCAGAAGAGAUGCCGUCGACGCCAAAACCUCAGCGAGCGUAUGCUAGGGCAGUGAGCGAUGACGUAGACUGUAAUUUCUCGAGGUUAAACUCCUCGCCCCAGCCGAUCUCCCCCUCGUCGAAUUCUUCCAGCCCCCGGGUAUCUGAUGAGCUGCGGUCCGAGUCGUCACACACGUCGCACACUCGCUCGAGCUCCUUACCACCAAGUAUGAGCCUGCACAAGGACGAGCAAGGCUUCUAUUAUUCUGUGUACGACGGCUCCAGGGACGACUCAGCGUAUUUACCGCCGUUCUUAUUGAAUGCGUCCGCACGAGCGCGCAAGCCUCAUUCUCGCACUCGGGAAAUCAUCGAUCGUCUUCGCUGUUCCACCUCUUCUCGCGGCAGGCAAUUGACCCGGUCAGAAGGAGAACAAGAAGAACUACCAUCAUCGAGACCGGCGCAACUUACGCGCGAGACUGUGCGCAAGUUGUUCCAAAGAGGGAGCGAUGGGUGGAUCAAGAUGUCCUCGGGCGAGAAUGGCGAGAUGCCCGCACCUUCGAACGAUUUUGCGCCGCGGCAAGAUGUGCUCAUCAAUCCAGCUGAAGAUGCCGAUACGGAGGACGCUUUUAUUCCUUACGGCUCUACGAUACGACCACCAGUCUUGGCUAUCAAAAAGAAGGGUUCGGGGAACGUAAAGCAAAAACACAAUCGUCGGUCGUCGCAUCUCGAUGGUUGGAUUGAUCCUUCACGUCCAGUACCCACUCGUCCUCCGCCCACAGCGCCGGCCUCUGUCGGGACGUUUACAUUCCCCCCUCCUCCAGCCUAUCCCGUCAUGUACCCUUCCGGUGGUUAUGGCAUGAUGCAGCCAUAUCCUGCUGCGCCUCCAUUAGCACCAUAUUCAGGUCCGUACCCCGCAUACCCGGGUGUGGCGCCGUAUCCUAUGGUUUCCCUACAGCCGCCAUUUGUGUCUAUGCCCCCUCGUAUAUAUGCUUCCACGGGGUAUAGUAACGGAGCCGGCCUGGGACCACAGGGGACUAGACAUACUUCAUGGUGAUCUCAAGAGCCAUCUUAAAUCAUUGCUGUACUUCUGUCGCGCACCGCCUCGGACGUUGUUGUAGUAUUUUUCUUUUCACCCCGACUCUCUAGCAGAUCUCAUCUCAACCAUCCUUCUCCAUCCCCAUAAUCAUCGGCGCAUGGACAUAUGCUUUUUGUUCUUCAUUGCUAGGUUUUUCAAUAUUCAUGAUUGUCAUGGUCGUGUACGUCUUGCUGCAUUGCAUUCUCUGUCAUCCCUGCCCUCCUCUGCCUAUUACUGGUUUCUUGGUUUCUUGGUUCGCUUGCCCGUCUCUUAUGAAUUCCAGUCUGGCCCAUUGCUUGCUUUACUCCUUUUGGACAAAUACAGUGGUUAUGCUAUUUUCACUGUUGCGAGGAUCUCUCAUUUCAUUGCUGAAGCGCGUGCUGUAGAUUGGAUUGGUAGCGCUCUGUCGACUUGCGAUCACUGCAGCUGAGGGAUAUGUGAGUGAUCCAUGCGCGUUGGAACGCGUUUCGCAUAUC